CAAACUGUCAUAAACAUAAAAAGCAUUUUAAGCGUCUUUUUGUCGGGUGAAGGUAGCUUUUAAUUUACCGGUGGAAAAUAAAUAGUGAACAUAGUGUUUAUUACAGUGAAAUCAAUAAAGAUGUCCAGCCUCGACGAUCAAUACAACACUUUCAUGGAGGAGCUGGAGCAAAAACCGGAUAUUCGCCAGCUUGGUUUUCAUCACGACGACGACGACGAUGACGAUCCGAUGCGAGACGUAAGAGCGAUGGCGGAAGCUGACCGUCGGAACAAUCGUCGGAUGAAAAAUCCAGUGGCCCUAGCUGGCGGCUCUCGUACAAUGGAAAACAUGGAACCAGAUGAGCGAAUGGAUACCAAUCUUGAUGCACCCAUCUCGGAGUUGAAUCCGAAUGAUAUGAACCGGAAGGUGCUGGCAAUGCGAAGCGGCGAGAUGGAUAUCACAUUGGAACCGGAGAAGGCCCUUGUUUAUACUUGCUUCAAUACUACCUACGACAGGGCGUCACUGAAUCGCGCGGAUGUUUGGCAUCAGAUUAUGGUGCAUCACGACGGGAAGUAUCAGAAAGAGGAGAUAUUGGAAGCACUGUUUACGGUGAUCAGCACGGAUGAUUUCUACCCGGUGGCCUAUCGGCAACAUACGAACAUCGAUUACUUUUUAGUACGGUUGUGCAGCAAAGCGCUAGUAAAGUUGUUCGAUAAAAAUUUGAAAUUACCAAUGCCGGGCUCGUCGGAUCCACUGAAGCUUACGGUCAAAUUGAAUAUUGCCAAGUAUAUGCAGGGACAGCUAUUUCCGAAUGGAAAGAUCUUUUCGGCAGUGGCUGAACGGUGCGACAAUGCCGGGCUGUAUGGCUUCUCAAACAUGUUGAAUUUAGAUAAUUUCCGGAACCACGGCGAUUUCGAGGAACUUUGCGUAUUUUUGGGAAACCGCGCUCAUCUGGAGUUGGUUUGCAGCUCCAUUAAUCGAUUGGACGAAGUGCGCGCCAAGAUCAAUGCGAUCAAACUAACAAACAACAGUAUUGCGCAUAUUUCACCACUAGUAGCGAUUAAAGAUCUACCCAUCCAAACGCUAGAUUUGCGUUUCAACCGGAUUAAGCAUCCGGCUUCUUUGAGACCACUGAAAGGUUGCAGCAUCAACGAGCUAUAUAUUGAAGGAAAUGGGAUUGUCGAUGUUCCUGGGUAUAUGGAUGUACUGAAGGAAUAUUUCCCAAACAUGAUAAAAAUCGACAGUACAUUCCUUGGAGCCAAACCUAGGAAGCAACAGAAAGUAGUGGCAGCUGCAAACCGCGUUGGUGGCGAUGACGAAGUAGAAGUCACAUCCACUGCUGGGGAAGUGUUUGCCUGUUUGAACGGAGUGGUUCGCAAUGCGAGUGACUUUAAAAAGUACAAAUUCAACACUAAAUGGCAUCAGGUGAUUGUUUCGCACGAUGGUCGCUACGAUAAAGGCGAAAUUUUGGACAACCUUUUCACCAUGUUGGAUAGCUACGACUUUUAUCCGUGCUACUACAAAACCUACUCCAAGCAGGACGAGUUUUUCGUCAUCAAUUGCUACGAAGCUCUAGCACAUUUGGUGCAGUCCAAGCUGGCGGUCAAAAUCAAGAGCAGCAACGAAUACAUUUCUAUUGUACUCAAAAUGGAUAUGGCGGAAUUCAAAGACGGACAGGUCGUGGUGGAGGAGAAAUUGAACUUUGCACUUCAGGAUCGAUUUAAUGAUCGAUGUCUUGAUUUGUGUAACUUCCAACAGCAUUUGGACCGAAUUAAGUUCGUAGAUUUCAGCGUCAAGAGCACCCGCACGCUGUCGUCGAUUCUCACUUUAGCUGCACGGAAGUUUGGGGUUGCCUGCUUGAUUCUUCGUCUGCGCAACAACAAAAUUCGAACGCUGGAAGCAUUGUCAUCGUUGAUUUCCUACCCGAAAUUAAUUGCACUCGAUUUGCGGUUCAAUGAUAUCCGAUCCUUCGAUGACCUACAAGGUGUCAUCAAAAAUAAAAUCAAGGAGAUUUUCCUGGACAACAAUCCGGUUUGCAAUGCAGCUGAAUCCGGUAUCGAGUAUAUUCGCCAGAUACGCACCUUUUUCCCAGGAAUGGAAAAGCUCGACGGGAUCCCACUGCUCGACAAUGGAAAUGUGAACUUUUCGCAAAAUUUCAUCUGCACACCGGAAGCGUACAAGUUCACCGAAUCAUUCGUCAAGCACUAUUUCUCCAUUUACGAUUCGUUCCAACGGUCGAGUUUAAAAGAUCUGUACCACCCGAAGGCGCAGUUCUCCAUGACCAGCAGCUUCACCCAGUCGAAAACGAUGGACUCCCAUCAAGUGCGUCUGAAUGCGUACCAAGGAAAGAGCCGUAAUCUACUUCGCCUGGCGAAUAUUGAUCGUGCCAUUAGCAGCUUGGUGGUGGGUAGUGAACGUAUUGCCAAUGUUUUGGUUUCCUUCCCCAAGACGGAACAUGAUUUCUAUUCGUUCCGUGUGGAUACACCCAUCUUCCGACCGGAGUGCGUUGUAAUCACGGUACACGGUGCAUUCAAGGAAAUGGCCAACUCCUUGUUGAGCGAUGACUUUGUACUGGGAUUCACUAGGACGUUUUACAUUCAACCAUGUGCUAAAGGGCUUGGUAUUUUUGAAAAAGCGAUUGAAUUCAAAAUCUACAAUGAUCUGUUUCAUAUGUACAAUUUGACCACUUAUGGGCGAGAGAACGUUUUCAAACACCAUGACGAACCCGAAGUGGCGGAUCCAUUUGUACCGCACAGCGAAGAACGCGAGAAUACGAUUAUCGUGUUCCAGGAGCUUACCCGCCUGAACCGCAAAUGGUGUAUGCGCUGCUUGGAAGAAUCUUCUUGGAAUCUGAAAGUGGCACUUAACAUCUUCCUCAAGCUGUAUGAGGAGGACCGCAUUCCAGAGAAUGGCUUUGACACAAUGCUCGCUCAGAAGCGUUAAAUCUACUCGACGUUCCACGCACGCGAUUCAAACAGACAGAUUUAGAACUGUACAACCCAAUCAACAGCAGCGAGGGGGAGAUCAACCACGGGAAAGCAACAACCAGCAGAACCAAGGGAAAAAUCCGAGACCAACAGAAAAGCGAACACGACUCAU